UUUAUCAGGGCAGGGACUUUGUAGAAUAGUGCCCGGCCCAUAGUGGAAACUUGAUAAAUAUUUAUUAAAUGAGUGAAUCCCCCUAUCAAAGUGUUGUCAGUUCCACCUAAAGGGCUCUUGUAUCCUCUGCCCAACUCCUGUUGGGACUGAACAUAUAAGAUACAGAAUAAACACAGAUACACCUAAUUAUAAGUGCGUUUCGUGCGAUGAAGGAAGAUCUCCAGGUGGUAGGAGACAACUAGUGAUUGAAAGGAGGAGUAUGAUCUCACCCCAUUUUAAGUCUAGUCAUCUGCUGCCUGAGUUGUGUGUUUAGAAAGCUUGUUGUUAGGAAAGGACACUGUAUCUGUACAAAGAAAUGUAUAAAAAGAUAGCCACUUGCUUUGACUUAACGGGGUGGAUUAGGGCUUUACUAUUUCAAAGCUGUGUAAGUGAGUACAUGUAAGAGAGAGUGUGUCUGUGUGUGUGUGAAAAAGAAAAUACCAAGGGAGAACCUUUAGGAAAACCUAAGGAAGCAGAGGCUCACAGCAGCUAAUCCCCAUCAUGCUUUCCCGCACCCCCCUUCCCUCUCAUCGUAACUUGUGAUCUUGGAGGCAUGAAAGAAUUUGGGCCACUCCCCCAGCCUGACCAUCUCUGUGAGCUGCUCAGCUAGGCUCCAUGCCAAAUCCAGCUUGGAGCACAGACCCAAGGACCCUGCAGGAACUGGUGGGCUUGCUGGAUGGUUCCUCACUCAGUGGUCAUGGGUGGCAACGGUGGCCAGACUGGCAUUUGCACCUAUAAAUGCCUGACUGAGGAUGGUCUCUCUGACUCUGCGGACCCACCUAAAAGGCCCACGGGCAGACUGGUCAUGCACAGCAUGGCCAUGUUUGGCCGGGAGUUUUGCUACGCAGUGGAGGCUGCUUAUGUGACCCCGGUCCUGCUCAGCGUGGGCCUACCCAAGAGUCUGUAUAGUGUGGUGUGGCUCCUCAGCCCCAUCCUGGGGUUCCUGCUGCAACCUGUGGUCGGGUCAGUCAGUGACCACUGCCGGUCCAGGUGGGGCCGCCGGAGGCCAUACAUCCUGACCCUGGCCGUCAUGAUGCUCUUCGGCAUGGCUCUGUACCUCAACGGGGACACUGUUACAGCAGCUUUGAUUGCCAACCCAAAGAAGAAGUUGAUUUGGGCCAUAAGUGUCACCAUGAUGGGUGUGGUUUUCUUUGAUUUUGCUGCUGACUUCAUCGAUGGUCCCAUCAAAGCCUACUUAUUUGAUGUCUGCUCCCAUCAGGACAAGGAGGCAGGCCUCCACUACCAUGCCCUCUUCACAGGUUUUGGAGGUUCUCUGGGCUAUCUUUUGGGUGCCAUAGACUGGGCCCACCUGGAGCUGGGAAGAGCGCUGGGCACGGAAUUUCAGGUCAUGUUCUUCUUCUCCGCCUUGGUGCUUACAUUGUGUGUUGUUAUUCACCUGUGCAGUAUCCCUGAAGCUCCACUCCGAGAUGUUGCAAAGGAUAUUCUCCCACAGCAAGCCCCCCAGGACCCUCUGCUGUCAUCAGACAAAAUUUCUGAGUAUGGUUCUAUCGAGAAAGUGAAAAACGCUUAUGUAAACCCAGAGCUGGCAAUGCAGGGAAAAAAACCCAAAAAUCUUGCUGAAAAGACUCAGAGGGCAAUGACCAUGAAGUCGCUGCUGAGAGUGUUGGUGAGCAUGCCUCUCCACUACCGCUGCCUUUGCAUCAGCCACCUCAUUGGAUGGACUGCCUUCCUGUCCAACAUGCUCUUCUUCACAGAUUUCAUGGGCCAGAUUGUGUACCGUGGGGAUCCCUAUAGUGCACACAACUCCACAGAGUUUCUCAUCUACCAAAGAGGGGUCGAGGUUGGAUGUUGGGGCUUGUGCAUCAACUCCUUGUUUUCCUCACUCUAUUCUUACCUUCAGAAAUUAUUGGUCUCCUACGUGGGAUUAAAGGGUCUUUACUUCAUUGGGUAUCUGCUGUUUGGCCUUGGGACGGGAUUCAUUGGGCUCUUCCCGAAUGUCUACUCCACCUUGGUCCUAUGCUCCUUGUUUGGUGUCAUGUCCAGCACCUUGUACACCGUGCCCUUUAACCUCAUUGCCGAGUACCACCGAGAGGAGGAGGAGAGGCGGCAGGCCUUGAGCGAGGGCCCAGACAGCAGUGAGAGAGGAAAGGGUGUGGACUGUGCUGCCCUCACCUCUAUGGUACAGUUGGCUCAAAUCCUAGUCGGAGGUGGCCUGGGCUUACUGGUCAACACAGCUGGAAGCGUCAUUGUCGUGGUGAUCACAGCCUCUUCGGUGGCACUGAUCGGCUGUUGUUUUGUGGCUCUCUUUGUGAGAUACGUGCAUUGAAUCAAUAAAGAGACAUUGACCCUGACCUCGGACACAGAGAAGCAUGUGUCAAUGAGGAAACAAUCUUUUUUGUAACUCUACAUUGCUCUGAUCUGCCCAUAGAUAUUCCUCUGCCUGCUCUUGACUUUCAGCCAGUCCUCUGCACAAUGACCCCCAUAUUUCAGAUACAAGACUGGGCAAUGCCUCCCUCACUGGUGGCAAAGGGUAUGUGUGGUUGGUACCAUGUAUACACACCUUUUUCAUUGCAUCUGAGGGCAGAUGAAUGGGGAGACAGAGUCCGUUUUCUAUGGGACAUUUCAGGCCUGAGAGGCAGGCUGAUUCUACCUAUGUG